CUAUAGCAACGGUCAAAAGACAUGUCCACAACAACGGUUGUCACAACAUUACCACUUUAAAAUUACUCAAGUUCUUGUUUUUAACACAAACUAAUUUUUUCUCAAAAUAAUAAAUACUAAUUUAAUAUAACUAAAUGGAGGAAUAUACACCGAGUCGUUACAAAAUACAAGAAAAAAUCGGCGAAGGUGUUCAUGGUUAUGUUUUCAAAGCAAUUGAUUUGCAUGCAAACAAUAUUGUUGCAAUCAAAAAAGUUGCAUUAAAGAAUAAAUUUGGAAAUGUAUCCUUGAAUACUUUGAGGGAAAUAAAAGUUUUACAAAUGUGUAAACAUGACUAUAUUCUAUCCUUGAAUGAUAUAUUCCCUGAUUUGAUUGGUUUGUCAUUAGUAUUGGAUUUUAUGCCAGAAACUUUGUACAGUAAGCUAAAGAAUGAUCUGAAUCCUUUGAGUCGACAACAGGUUAGAAAGUUUUCAAUGAUGAUGUUGAAAGGAAUAGAGUACUUGCAUGGAAUGGGUGUUAUGCAUAGGGAUAUAAAACCUGCGAAUCUACUUAUAAGCGAAAAUGAGAUAUUAAAAAUAGCUGACUUUGGAUUAGCACGCUUAUACUUUCCUGACGAUGAAAAUAAACUUUACUCUCCACAAGUCUCCACUAGAUGGUAUCGAGCUCCUGAGAUACUAUGGGGGAGUCAAAAAUAUGGGCCAGCUGUUGAUAUGUGGGCAGCUGGAUGUGUAAUUGCUGAAAUGCUGAGAGGUGUUCCACUUUUUGCGGGCACAACUGAUAUUGAGCAAUUAGCUCUUGUAAUACGAACACUUGGAACUCCUCGACAAAGUGAAUGGCCAGAGCUGCAAACGCUACCUGAUUUCAACAAAAUAAGAUUUCCAAAUGCUGUAGGAAUUCAUUGGGACAAUUUGUUUCCUAGUUGUACAAGAAGUAUUGAAGUGAAUCUUGUAUCAAAUCUAGUAAUUUACAAUCCUAGAAGUAGACUUACAGCUUCUGAGGCAGUACGUCAUGACUAUUUUUGCUGAAAUUAUAUAUAAGGUAAAGGAAAUUAUAACAUACUGUCCCAAAGCAC